ACCAAGGACAGCCGCACGCGCUGAGCAUCAGGUCAUUGGACCCUCAGCAAAGCAGAACCUCGGACGGGAGUCGUGACAAGGGCAGGAGACAUGCAUCUCUCAAAGACAAAGAAAACACAAGCUCUCCCAAAACUGUUUGUAGGCCAAUAAUAUAUAUAUAUUUUUUGCGUCAAUGAAAAUCAACAGGAUUUACCCACCACAAAGCAAAUGUGUUAUUGUCUUUUUUUUAUGGGAGUGUAAUACAGGUUUAGAGAUCAGCUGGAGAAAAAAACUAAUGAUGCACAUUCCUCGACAGGGCGGACUAAUGUAAUUGCAUUCCACUGGUAUUGCUGUUAGCACAGGGUCGAGAGGACGCGUGAUCCAUGAGGAUCGGUUAGCUGGGCUGGCUACGACGCACAUCCACUCAACAGGAGACUCAGUCUGGCAGCUGUGUCGAUGUCAAAAUGCGUGUGUUUCUGCUUGCGUUUUUCAUCUCCUGCUCUUGUGCGGGUGGUGGAUGUGAACCCAAGAUCGUCAAUAUCGGAGCGGUCCUGAGCCAGAAGAGGUAUGAACAGGUGUUCAAGGACGCCGUCACCCAGGCAAACACGCUGUAUGGGAAAGAUAAGUUCAAGAUGAACGCCAUCUCUGUCACUCAUAAACCCAAUGCAAUUCAGAUGGCUCUCUCCGUCUGCGAGGACCUCAUCUCGAACCAGGUGUAUGCCAUUCUGGUGAGCCACCCACCUCAGUCGAAUGACCAUCUGACCCCCACACCUGUGUCCUACACCGCAGGGUUCUACCGUAUCCCUGUGGUUGGGCUCACCACCCGCAUGUCCAUCUAUUCAGACAAGAGCAUCCACCUGUCUUUCUUGCGUACCGUGCCCCCUUAUUCCCACCAAGCCCAGGUGUGGUUCGACAUGAUGAGAGAGUUCCGCUGGAACCACAUCAUUCUGAUAGUGAGCGACGACCACGAGGGCCGCGCUGCCCAGAAGAGGCUGGAGACCCUGUUGGAGGAGAGGGAGACCAAGGCAGAGAAAGUUCUCCUGUUCAGCCAAGACACCAACCUGACAUCCAUGCUGCUGGAGGCCAAGGACCUGGAGGCUCGCGUCAUCAUCCUUUCUGCCAGCGAGGACGAAGCUGCGUUGGUCUACAAAGCUGCGCGCCAGCUCAACAUGACGGGCUCUGGCUACGUGUGGCUGGUCGGAGAGAGGGAGAUGUCUGGUAAAGCUUUGAGUGAAGCACCAGAUGGCUUGCUCGGCCUUCAGCUCAUCAACGGCAAGAACGAGUCGGCGCACAUCAACGAUGCCGUGGGCGUGGUGGCACAGUCCAUCCAGGAGCUCUUUGAGAAGGAGAACAUCACAGAACCGCCCCGUGGCUGUGUAGGCAACACAAACAUCUGGAGGACUGGGCCGCUCUUCAAACGAGUGCUGAUGUCAUCCAAGUACCCAGAUGGCCUGACAGGGCGCAUCGAGUUUAAUGACGAUGGUGACAGGCGGUUUGCUACCUACAGCAUCCUCAACUACCAAAAGACCAGGCUUGUGCAAGUGGGCAUUUUCAACGGCACCCAAGUGGUGAUGAACCCGCAGAGGAAGAUCAUUUGGCCAGGAGGAGAGACGGAGAAGCCAAGAGGAUACCAGAUGUCUACCAGACUAAAGAUAGUAACCAUUCAUCAGGAGCCAUUUGUCUAUGUACAACCCACAACAAGUGAUGGAACUUGCCAAAAAGAAAAAACUGUAAAUGGACUCAAAGAUGUCCAGAAAGUUAUAUGCACUGGCCCCAAUGGAACCAUCCCAGGACAGCCUAUAGUACCCCAAUGCUGCUACGGCUUUUGCAUUGACCUCUUGAUUAAACUAGCGGAUACCAUGAACUUCACCUAUGAGGUUCAUCUGGUGGCUGAUGGGAAGUUUGGUACACAGGAGCGGGUGAACAACAGCAACAAGAAGGAGUGGAACGGCAUGAUGGGAGAACUCCUGGGUGGCCUGGCAGACAUGAUUGUGGCUCCGCUCACGAUCAACAACGAACGCGCCCAGUACAUCGAGUUCUCAAAACCCUUUAAGUACCAGGGGCUUACCAUCCUCGUGAAAAAGGAAAUACCACGCAGUACUCUGGAUUCGUUCAUGCAGCCCUUUCAGAGCACCCUGUGGCUGCUGGUGGGUCUAUCGGUCCAUGUGGUGGCGGUGAUGCUCUACCUGUUAGACCGGUUCAGCCCAUUUGGAAGGUUUAAAGUGAAUAGCGAAGAAGAAGAAGAGGAUGCCCUCACCUUAUCCUCCGCCAUGUGGUUCUCAUGGGGAGUCCUUUUGAACUCCGGGAUAGGAGAAGGAGCACCCCGGAGCUUUUCAGCAAGGAUCUUAGGUAUGGUGUGGGCUGGAUUUGCCAUGAUCAUUGUGGCAUCCUACACUGCCAAUCUGGCAGCCUUCCUAGUGUUGGACCGGCCUGAGGAGCGCAUCACUGGCAUCAAUGACCCCAGGCUGCGAAACCCAUCAGAUAAGUUCAUCUACGCCACAGUGAAGCAGAGCUCGGUGGACAUCUACUUCCGGCGCCAAGUGGAGUUGAGCACCAUGUACCGCCACAUGGAGAAGCACAACUACGAAAGUGCCGCUGAGGCCAUCCAAGCUGUGCGCGACAACAAACUGCACGCGUUCAUCUGGGACUCUGCCGUCCUGGAGUUUGAGGCGUCACAGAAGUGUGACUUGGUGACAACGGGAGAGCUGUUCUUCCGUUCCGGCUUCGGCAUAGGCAUGCGGAAGGACAGCCCUUGGAAGCAAAACGUUUCCCUGUCCAUUCUUAGCUCUCAUGAGAAUGGCUUCAUGGAGGAACUAGAUAAAACCUGGGUGAGAUACCAGGAGUGUGACUCUAGGAGUAAUGCCCCAGCCACUCUCACCUUUGAGAACAUGGCAGGUGUGUUCAUGUUGGUUGCUGGGGGUAUCGUUGCUGGAAUCUUCCUCAUCUUUAUUGAGAUUGCGUACAAGCGCCACAAAGAUGCCCGCAGGAAGCAGAUGCAGCUGGCCUUCGCUGCGGUCAACGUGUGGAGGAAGAACCUACAGGAUAGGAAAAGUGAUAGAGCAGAGCCCGACUCCAAACAGAAAGCCCCUUUUAGGUCCAUCAGUACCAACCUGGCCUCCAACAUCAAGAGACGUAGGUCCUCCAAAGACACGGUAAGGAGAUGAAGGAAAUGACACCCUCCCCUGUGAUUCUCUCUCUUCCUCUCUUCCUUUACCUCAUUCUCUUUUCUCUCUCCUCUGUCAUCUCUUCUCGCAAAACGUUUCAUUCCAGGCUCUCGUCAGUCACCCUCACACGUGGCGUUACAGUCAUGGCCACGCGUCUGUCAGUCAGUCAUCGAUAAACCAUCCAGACAUUUGUCCAAAAACCAAAGAAGGAAACCGAUAUGAGCAGGAGUAGGCAGUCUAAAGCUAAAGGCUUUCGUUUUCUUUGAUAAAACAAUUUAUUUUUGUUUUUAAUGACUAUUAUGCAAGGGGGCAACAAGAGCUAGCCCUUUAUGCAUUAUGCUGGUCUUUCUCCUGUGGCUAACCUGGACACCAUUUUGGUUUGUGCUCUCCUUUUUAGUUGUGUAUGUGUGUUUCUCUCUCCUUUCACUGCUUGGGCUGUUCUGCACCUUCCUUUUUGUGUGUCACAUUUUGUGUGGUUGUUGUCAAGUCAUGUUCCUGUCAAUAAAAAAAAGAAUGGCCAAGAAAAACCUAAAUGCAAAGAAAUAACAGACUUUACAUUCUCUUUUCUUCCCACAGACUUUCCAUUUUUAGGGAUCUCCUGUCGAGUAUGUUUGACCAAACAAUAUUUACGUGCAGUGUUUCAAUCAACAAAUGUUGCUGGGAAUAAAAGGAGCUAUAAUUAUAAUAUAAUAUAUGCAUGCCAUUUAUGUCAUUGUGGAUUGCGUAUUGUCCUGAUGAUAAAUCUCAAACUGAAUUGUUUAUGUUGAACACUUGGUAAUUUAAUGACAAUCAUUUCUACACUAGAUUAUCCAGAG